AUGUCAUUGCAAGACGUGCCUGAUCUUCCUGUCACUACGCCCUCUUUGCGAUUUUUUCAGGACGACGAAAAGUUUCAGUCUGAGAAACCAUACCAUUUUUCUGGGCCUCUUGAAGCUCACGAAGAAAGCCGGCGUACUAAUCUCGUGCUUGCAACACGUGAGAAUGUGCCAAUCAGGGAUAUCCGUGAAUGUGUCUCGAGACCGCGCUUGCACAAUCAUGGCUUCCAGUUCGAGCACUUUCCGAGUAGCUUCAUGGAUGGUUUACACGAAUCCAACGUCUUCAAGUCAUAUAUAGAAGAGGUGGCACACUUUGUCAAGAACAUGGAGAAAGCCGAGGCCGUUAUCUGCUAUGACUACAGGUUUCGGAAAUCAACAUCUAGUCCAGGGAGCAAGGUGAUAGGAGCUGGCGGAUCUUUUGACUCGCCGAAUGAGCCUGCCUGGCAAGUCCAUAUAGACUUAUCACGCGACGCUGGCCCGAAGCGUUUACGCUAUCAAUUACGCAAGCCCGAGCACGAGAAAUAUCUCAAUGAGCAUUGGCGGAUUCGUAUCAUCAAUGUCUGGCGGCCUCUCAAGCAUGUUGUAAGAGACGCGCCACUUGCGUUCUGCGACUUCACUUCAGUCGACGCGGCCGAUUUGAUCGCUACCGAUCGUCCAUCCCGGGAAUACGUUGGCGAAGUUUACUAUGUGAGAUAUAACAGUGCUCAAAGAUGGUACUGGUUGAGUGAACAAACACCCGACGAGCUGAGCUUAUUCAUGAGCUAUGACUCGGACCCUGGAGAAAAUGGAGCCGCAUUGUGCCCACAUUCUGCAUUUCAAUUACAGGGUGUUCAGCCUCCGGUAGAGCGGCGCGAAAGCUUAGAGGUACGGCUUAUAGUCAUUACGAGCAAGGCAGCUCCUAUAGCCACGUCAUGA